AUGGCGAAGCUCGACGGCAACGGCGAGGACGAGAUCGAAGUGGCCUUGGCUGCGCUCUUCCGCAGCUACGAUCUCGACGAGUCCGGGGAGCUGAGCCGGGAAGAGUUUCUGGCCAUUGAGAUGCGCCUCCACUACGAGGAUGGCCAGGUGUAUCGGGGCGAUUCUGGCAACGCCAAGAUGACGAUGACGGACAAAGAUUCCAGUGGUUUCAUUGACUACCAGGAGUUCCGAGUAAGGACGCUGACCUCUUACCAGGAGAUGGGCCUAUCUCGGGCAGAGGUUUUGGCGCACAUGGUCGAGCAGACGCAGAAGGCACUGCUCGAGAGGGCCAAAAUGGGGCCCCGGUACCAUGCAGGAAUUCGCCAAACUCUCCGUAGCAUCUUCACGCUCUUCGAUGUCUCUGGGGACGGCUACCUCUCCCCCGAAGAGUGGAUCUCCGCCCAGAAGACCGUGGCUUCUGAGGUCAGCGACGACUUAGAUGAGGGUUGGAUCGAUGAGGCUGCGUUCUCAGCCGCAGACACCAACGGCGAUGGUAUGCUGGACAUCAACGAAUUCCUCGAGGCCAGCUUCUCCAUGUUUGAAGGUGUCAAAAAGCGAUCGGAUGCCAUUUUGCAGACUCUGCAGCGGAUUGAAAAAGUGUUGCAUCAGCAGCGCAUGGCAGACCGCAAGGAGACGGCACCUGUGACGGUCUACAUGCAGUCAGCGGAGCGGCCACCCUUCCAGCCGCCUUCCUUGUCUUGGCAGGACGAGCCCACAGAGCCCGACGAGCCCAAUGAGUCUUGGAAGGACUGUGGCGAGGUGGCAUUACCUUUGAAUUUGGCCACCGCCGAGGAUGUCAUGUCAUUGCUUCGCCUUCAUCUUCGAUUGUCUCAUGACACGUGGAUCUCUGUGUACUACCUUGGUCCUUCCCGUGAGGGCUCAGGACCCCGUGCAGUAACGUUGCUCAGGGGCGAGCGGCCAGGAGAGGGCAACACCACGGCAAUGCUCUCAUAUUUGUCGAAGCCCAAUGCGGCUCUGAAGCUUUUCGUCAAGAACUGCCGGAAGCGGCCAAGCAAGCUGAUCCGGCAGCCGCGGGCGUUCCUAGAGGAGCGCGACGGGCUCUUCGCGCAGCGCGCUGGGGCCUCUUGGGGUCUGGACUGGGAGACACAGCUGGUGGGCGAGGGGGAGAAGCUGCCACCACGGCCCAUGGUCAUGCAGGUCGGAGAGACUCUGAUUGUAGAGGUGCCCCAGGCCGAUGACAACGGAGAGUUCAGAUACAUGGCCAAUGCCUUCAUGGACAAGACAGAUGUGCUGAGCAAGCCUGUAAACGAAGUGAUCGAGGUGAAGAAGGGGAAGAGCAAGAAGAAGGGUGGUCCGGAGCCAGACCCGCUUCUACAGCUCACCUUCGUCGCAUUGCGGGAAGGCAAGUGUGUUCUCUUUGUGGACGUCAGCUGGGAAGACCAGGAAGAGAAGCUAUGUCAGCGGCAGCAACUUCCGGCACCCGUGGCCAAGAAUACCGUGGCCAGGAUCGGGCCUGUCGAGGUUGACGUCCAGAAACCCAGUGGUAAAGCGGAUAAGGGUGCUCUCCAGUGGUGGAACGGCGAGAAAUGGAGCAACAAGAAGGGUCCGGCCAAGAAGAAGAAAGGCAAGAAGUGA